AUAUCCCUGUUGUGUUUUGUGUCAAAAGGCUGUUACACAAGUCAGUGAACCGGACGGAGCUGGACUAAGAACAGGUCAGCUUUACUCACUGCGAUAAAGCAACUUACAAGAAAAUAAACUUUUUGUCUUAUUAUUAUUAUUAUUAUGAUACCCGGUAUUUUUUGUAUAUAAUUAACUUAACCUAUGCGGUUCAAACAAAGCGGUAUAAUAUGGGCUAAAAAAAAUGGCGGAGAAUGGCCAUGAACAAGACUGUUCUGGUUGUGCUCAGUCUAACGAAGAAGACUUCGAGUGCAAAAUCUGCUACAACCACUUCGACCUGGACCGCCGCGUUCCCAAACAGCUGAGCUGCUCCCACACCUUCUGCCGGGAGUGCCUCGAAACGCUGCACUCCCGAGAGGGUCGGGGAUGGAGGAUCGGCUGUCCCGUCUGUCGCCGCCGGACUCCGGUGCGGGAUUACCAGGUCCAAAACCUCCCGAACGACAGCGCGCUGUUCGAGGCUCUGCCGCUCGGAAAGCAUCGGAGCUCCUCCAACGAGGAAGAGCAGCAGGCAGCAGGCUCGUCCGAAUCUCCUGCCGGCGGGGAGCAACGCUGCGAGACCUGCAAGAACGCAGCGUUUGCCACGGGCUGCGUGUGCGCCAUCUUCUCCUUCUUCUCCAUGGUGGUGCUGUUGUUUCUGGGCCUCAUUUUCGUACACAACUUCAACCACGCAGCGUCGCCCGUCGGCCCGGCGUGUCUGUUCGCCGCCAGCGUCCUGGCUCUGCUCUCUGUAAUACUCACUUGGCUGCUGUGCAUGCUGAAGUACGGGGCAGAAACGGAAGCGAGCACCUUGGUUCUCUCUCACAUGUAACGUGAUCUUCAGGGGCUGAACUGGGCUUUAAAAGUAGGUUUUUAGACGUGUCUCACUCUGUUCUGGUAAAAUUCAAGGACUCGUCACUUCAUGGGAAAUAAACACAGAUAGAAUAACCCACAGAUCGCUGGGACAUUUGCAACCAUUUAAUAAAGUAAUCCGUUUUA